UUAAGCAAAGCAAACAUAGAAGAUAAAGAGGAGGAAGAAGAAGAAAUAGAAAACGAGCAUGGGAAGAUCUCCUUGUUGUGAUGAAGAUGGUCUGAAGAAAGGACCAUGGACUCCCGAAGAAGAUCAAAAGCUGGUUCAGUUCAUAAAGAACCAUGGCCAUGGUAGCUGGAGAGCUUUGCCUAAGCUUGCAGGUCUCAACCGAUGUGGGAAGAGUUGCAGGCUAAGGUGGACGAAUUACUUGAGGCCUGAUAUCAAGAGAGGAAAGUUUUCUCAAGACGAAGAACAAACCAUCCUGUAUUUGCAUUCCAUUCUUGGAAACAAGUGGUCAGCCAUUGCAACACAUCUGCCGGGGCGCACAGAUAACGAAAUCAAGAACUUUUGGAACACACACUUGAAGAAGAAGCUGAUUCAAAUGGGGAUCGAUCCGAUGACCCAUCAACCCAGAACCGAUAUCUUCGCAAGCUUGCCUCAGCUGAUAGCCCUCGCUAGCCUUAAAGACCUCUUCGAGAAUCCAUUGCAGGCCGAGGCUGCUCAGUUGGCUAAGCUUCAAUACCUCCAAUUUCUCCUCCGAUCUUCUCCUUCAAUGACCAACAACAACAGCUAUGGCGGCGGCGCCAUUGCAGACAUGGAAGCAGCUUCUCUCAACUUAUUAAAUUCAACCAAAUUUUCACUUGGAAAUAAUAUUAUUAAUGAAACCCUUCAAUCUCAACUGCUCCACCAUCCACCACAACAACACGUCCCUUUCGGUUUCCAAACAUCGUUGAAUAAUAUGGAGAAGAGAACAUCAAUGAAUAGUGAUGAGAUGGGUCAGUGCUCCAACUUUGUCGUCGGAGAUAACCUAACCGAUAACUCAUCGUCGUGGUUUCUUCAAUCGCCGACGACCCCUCCGGUAACAUCGGGAGCCGCCGGCUAUGCAUCGGUGAGCAAUAAUCCGGGAGAUACGAGCAGCGCCUCGAGCUACAAUGGCGCGGCAGCCGCCUCUCCGUACUGGUCUGAACUCUUCUUCGACGACUCUAUCAUGCAUGAGACUAUUUCAUAGAUAUGGUUUUGUUUUUUAUACUAGAAGAGUGUUGGGUAUCGGAUUUUUCAUUGUUUGUAGUUACUGUAGAUAACUAAAAUGCA